CUCGCUCGGACUUGGACUCGGAGUGUGAGUCCCAAGUUGAUCCUGCUCUCUGUUGAUCUAAGUUUGUUCAAUAAAUGACAGGAUACUUUAGGACACUGAUACUGCAGUACUCAUCACAAAAUUGAAAAUGUAUCUGAACAUUUGCUGACAAACUACAGGCAUUAUGGAUGAUCUUGGGCUUGUAGGAGGCUGGAGUCUGUCCACGCUACUUGGACUUCUGGACUAUAGAGUGCACGGGAAUAUUAGCCACGCCCAAUACAUUUCAGAAGAAAUAGAUCUUGUUGAUAAUAAGCUGCAGGUUCAGUGGUGCUGUCUGUGCUGUGGACAGGUCAGCGGUGCUCCGGCUUAAAAACUCUUUUCUAAACUAGUUUUGAAAACGUGUCCAGCGUAGCGAGUGAGGAAAUAGCUGCGUAAUACACAGCGUCUUCAUUUCUCCACGCUGCUCUCACAAUAGACCAGGUGCAGCUCCCCAGCCAGGAUCAAGUCAGCACCAAAACCUGACUCGCUUGUGUUCACGUCGGACGUUUGAGCUGAACGCACUUUGUCUGGAGACAGUGUCUCACAUCUUUUAUUCACAGUAAAGCCCUGGAAAUGCGCCUUUUUCGCCCACGUGGCCAAAGUUUUGACACCCCGCCGGUCUCAGCCGCUGCUUCUCAAUACCAGACCUCCAGGGGAUCCGCUCGGCAGACACGCGGGUAAAAACAGCGCAUUUUCAGUGCUUUAAGGGGAAAGGAAACGCCUCUGAUUUCAGGGCUUAUAGCCUGGAAAUGACGGCACAUGGACAUCCAGGAGCUCAAGCCAUGGAGAGGACAGGGCCGCUCCAAGGGCAUCCUCAGUUAGAACGCGGAGUCAUAUGGAGAAACAUUUUCAAAUAAAGUUUUAUGUUCAUCAAACAUAAACAUGCAAAUCCCAAAACUUGAUAUUGGCAUUUUAGACUUUUAAAAAAGUGCAUACAGACGCAGGCAGUGGUGUGUUUGUGUGCCUGGUUUAGCUGUACUUGUGAGGACAUUUUGCUUCAUGUUUUAAGCCACAAUUUGAGGAUUGAAAUUUCAAAAUAAUCGGGACGUUAUAUUUGGGUUCAAGUUGGGUUCCGAGUCCUAGUUAAGGUUAACCUUUUGUUUUGGAUGGUUUAGGGUGAGAGUCUGGGGAAAGCUUGAUGGCAAUGAGAGGUCCUCACAAGGACAGAGCUACAAACGAGUGUGUGUGUGUGUGUGUGUGUGUGUGUGUGUGUGUGCGGGGCGGGGUGUAUCGCAGGGGCCAGCCACCUAUAAAAGCAUGGGCAGGGCUGACCCUUGAAUCCCAGACUGGGCUCCGUGCAGGUUGAGCUGCUCCUCUUCGAUCCUCCGUCACGAUGGUCCCACUUCUGCUGCAGACCUCUCUGCUCCUGUGGCUGACUCAGCUGACUCUGCAGGGCGGAGUGAAGCCUCAGAGUGUAUCUUGGGGCAGAGUUCUACCAGCCAGAGGGGUUGGCCUUGGUGCAAGACCAGCAGGUGUCGGAGCCCUCGGAGUGAUGGCGAAUCGUUACGGCAGCAAAGCAAUGAAGAGUGGCGUGGGCCAGUAUCCUGCUGCACCUCUUGGACCUGCAGGUGGAGUGGGGUCCCUGGGUCUGGGCAGCAGAGGAGGCCCGCAGCAAGGAUAUGGAAACCAGGGCUUCUAUGGGCCCGGGCUAAAUAACGGGAUUGGACUCAGGAGCGAGGCGUCUAACGGACUUGGGCUGGGUCAAGGAGUCAAACCUGGUUACGGAGCUGCUGCUGGAGCUUAUCCAGUAAACGGAGCGUUGGGCGGCCUGGGCUACCGAGCACCUCAACCGGGUUACUUCGGUGGAGCUGGAAGCUACCUGGGAGCCAACCCCGGCGCGCUGGGUUAUGGAGCAGGUUUGACACCGGGAGGUUACCUAGGGGGCGCUGCCGGCAAACAGGCAGCUGCUGCUGGCCUCGGGGUGGGCAGUUACACACAAAGUGUGCGAGGGUACGAUGAAGGAGCGGCAGGAUACCAGGGAGCUAUGGACGCCAAUGGCUACGGCUACGGGACCGGCUACAGUGACGGCUACAGAGCAGCGCUCAAUUCCAGAGGCUACGCCGGCCAGAGCCAGGGGGUCUACGGCGCACUCGGCACCGGACUAGAGCCACCAGGUGGAAAGUAUGCCGGCGCAGGCCAGGUUCCUUACGGAGGCACUCCCAUGAUCCCCUCUGGUCUGGAAGGUGACGGAGGUUACCAGUACGGCCCUCAGCAGCUCAGCCUCACUGCUGAGGGGAGCAAAGGUGCGAGUAAACAGGGUUACAGUGUUCAGCUGGGAGCGGCUCAGGCAGCCUUGGGAGAGCAAGCCGGGAAAUACAACGGAGGGAAUGGAGCGCUGGCCAAUGGAUUCAAAGGAUAAAUGAGGCAACUUCCUCCAGCGGAUCAUCUUCACCAGCUUCCCUGAUGUUCUCCUUUGUCUCCUCCUGGUGUGUUGUUGCCGUCUUCUUGUCCCUCUGUGUAACUGGACGUUGGUGUCCUGUCCGUCCAAAAGCCUGUGGUGCCCCAUCGGUUUCCCCCAAAUGGCUGAUGGCGAACGAGAUGUACCCUCAAGACUGUUGUGAAAGUCACAUUAAAUAGUUAAACCAGUGAUCUUUGUCUUGUGAAACGGUCCACCAGAACAACCCCCACCGCCCCCCACAGUUGUCAAACCUCGAAGCGAACAGGAAAUGUCACCACUUCCUGUCUCAUUAAACUGUCAAU